UGCAGAAAUACUGUAACAUUUCCUUUCCCCCGUCUUCUUCCUUCACUACAACUGCUGCUGCCUGCUGCUCUAUAAACGAAAAGACAAAAACCUAACCCUGAAAACCUUGACAUCUCCCCAAUGGCACUCAUCGACCCCCACUCCUUCACCGACUCCUCCCACCCUCUAACCACCCACAUCUCCCUCUCUCUCUACCUGGACUUCUCCUCCUCCACCAUCCACGCCUCCGCUCUCCUCUCUCUCCCUCCCACCCCUCCUCCUCCUCACUCCCCCGCCGUCAUCUCCCUCGACACCCGCUCUCUCUCCAUCUCCUCCGUCACCGAUCCCCUCACCAACUCCCCCCUCCCCUUCUCUCUCUCCUCCCCCUCCGAUUCCAUCAAGGGCCAAUCCCUCACCGUCUCCCUCUCUAACAACACUUCCAACAAAAUCCUCAUCGCCUUCACCACCUCCCCCUCCUCCUCCGCCCUCCAAUGGCUCUCCCCUCCUCAAACUCUAAGCAAAUCCUUGCCCUUCGUCUACACCCAGUGCCAGUCCAUCCACGCUCGCUCCAUCUUCCCUUGCCAGGACACCCCGGCCGCCAGGGUUUGCUACUCCGCUAGGCUCAACGUGCCCCGCCAGCUGUCCGCCGUGAUGGCGGCCCGGCACGUCGACCGGAGGCCGCCCACCGCGGGCGAGGCGGCCGCGGCGUGCGACGACGCCCUGUGGUGCGCGGAAGGGAGGGUGGUGGAGGAGUUUGUGAUGGAACAGCCCGUGCCGCCCUACUUGUUCGCGUUUGCGGUCGGGGAGAUUGGGUGGAGGGAGGUGGGGCCGAGGACUAGGGUCUACGCCGAGGCCGUGCCGGCGGUGCUGGACGCCGCCGCGAGGGAGUUUGCGGGUACGGAGGACAUGAUUGGGGUUGGGGAGAGUUUGUUUGGGGGGUAUGAAUGGGAGAGGUUUGAUUUGCUGGUGUUGCCGCCGAGCUUUCCUUAUGGCGGUAUGGAGAAUCCCAGGAUGGUGUUCUUGACGCCAACGGUGAUCAAGGGUGAUGCUAGUGGGGCUCAGGUGGUGGCGCACGAGCUCGCUCAUAGUUGGACUGGGAAUUUGAUUACUAACAAGACCAAUGACCACUUUUGGUUGAAUGAGGGUUUUACGACAUAUGCGGAGAGGAGGAUUGUUGAGGCUGUACAAGGGGAAGACAUUGCGGCAUUGAACAUUGGAAUUGGUUGGAGGGGUUUGGUGGAGGAAAUGGAUAGAUUCAAGGACAAAAUGGAAUUCACGAAACUCAAAACAAAUCAGGAAGGAGUUGAUCCAGAUGAUGUAUAUUCUCAAGUUCCAUAUGAGAAAGGCUUCCAGUUUUUAUGGCGCAUUGAGCGGCAGAUUGGAAGGUCUGCAUUUGAUGAAUUCCUGAAGAAAUAUAUUGCCACCUUCAAGUUCCAAUCCAUUGACACUGAUAUGUUUCUCAAUUUCCUAAAAGCAAAUGUACCUGGAAUAGAGAAUGAGAUUGACUUGCAAUUGUGGACUGAGGGUACUGGUAUCCCGUCAGAUGCCAUGGAGCCAGUUUCCAAUAUAUACUCGAAGAUUGUAUCCCUGUCAAACGAAUUCAAGCUUGGUCGGAUGCCAAGGGAGGAUGAAGUUGCCGAUUGGCAAGGACAGGAGUGGGAGCUUUACUUGGAGAGCUUGCCCAAGUCUGUCGAGGCUUCACAGCUCUCAGCCUUGGAUGCACACUAUAGGCUAGCAGAAUCAAAAGAUUAUGAAGUCAAGGUAGCAUUCCUCCAACUGGCCAUUACAGCUCGUUGCAGAGAUUACCACAGCGAGGUCGAGAAAACACUGAAGGAAGUUGGGAGGAUGAAGUACCUUCGUCCACUCUAUACUGCGCUCGUGCAAGGCAUCGGAAAGGUGGAAGAGAAGAUUUUUGCUAAAAGGGUUUUCUCAGAGGCUCGGGACAGUUAUCACCCUAUCGCCCAAGGCGUUGUUGAGUCCAUCCUCUCCAAACACCUGUAAAAUCUCGUACGUGGAAUCCUCGAAACUAAAAUAAUUGAGUCAUAUCUACCUGACUAAUGCGUCUAACUUUUGACUAUUGUAUGUGGCCCCGCUGGGUGCUGUGUUAACAUGGAUCAGUUAUGUGAAAUGGAAAUCCUUUUUACUGGAA